CGGAUGAGUAGAUGGAUUUGACGUCACUAGAUGUUGAUCCAGGAGGGGGUACUGGGAUUUUUUUGCGAUUAACACAGGACGCCAUAUUGCACUCAGCUGGAUUCGGGAGGUUGCGUGAAGGAAAUAAUACAUUGCUAUUUAACCCCAACAGUUUUGUGACAUUUUUCAUCUUAAAUGGACGAGAUGGCAAGCCCAGGGAAUGACAGAAUGAAAUGCUACAAGAACAAAGCGCUGAAUCCACAGGAGAUGCGCCGGAGGAGAGAGGAGGAGGGGAUCCAACUCCGUAAACAGAAGAGAGAGGAACAGCUGUUCAAGCGGAGGAAUGUUUGUGUGCCCUCAGGCGAAGAGUCAAUGUUGGAGUGCCCUAUCCAGGACCCUGAUGUCAGCUCUACUGUACCAGUCUCAGGUGAAGGUGUCAUAACUCCAGACAUGAUCCAAAUGAUCUUCUCUGAGGAUGCAGACCAACAGCUGAUCGCCACACAGAAAUUCAGGAAGUUACUCUCCAAAGAACCCAACCCUCCCAUAGAUGAGGUGAUCCUCACCCCAGGGGUUGUGAACAAGUUUGUGGAGUUCCUCAAGAGGAGUGAGAACUGCACUCUUCAGUUUGAGGCAGCUUGGGCCCUAACCAACAUUGCCUCUGGGACCUUCCUGCAUACCAAGGUGGUCAUUGAGACGGGGGCUGUACCCAUCUUUAUUGAGCUGCUCAACUCGGACUAUGAGGACGUCCAGGAGCAGGCUGUGUGGGCGCUGGGAAACAUUGCCGGGGACAACGCAGAGUGUAGAGACUACGUGCUCAACUGUGGCAUCUUGCCCUCUCUACAACAGCUACUAGCUAAAUCCAAUCGUCUCACCACAACUAGAAAUGCUGUAUGGGCUCUGUCUAAUCUGUGCAGAGGGAAAAAUCCCCCUCCAGACUUUGCCAAGGUAUCUCCUUGUCUCAGUGUGCUCUCCAGGCUGCUGUUCAGUAGUGACCCAGAUGUCUUGGCUGAUGCCUGCUGGGCUCUCUCCUACCUUUCUGAUGGACCCAACGACAAGAUACAGACUGUCAUCGACUCUGGGGUCUGCCGCAGAUUGGUAGAGUUACUCAUGCACAGUGAUUACAAGGUGGUCUCUCCUGCGCUACGUGCUGUGGGCAACAUAGUGACAGGAGAUGACAUUCAAACUCAGGUGAUUCUGAACUGCUCGGCCCUGCCUUGCCUAUUACACCUGCUCAGCAGUCCCAAGGAGUCCAUCAAGAAGGAAGCCUGCUGGACUGUGUCCAACAUUACAGCUGGAAACAGAGCACAGAUUCAGACGGUGAUAGAUGCCAACAUCUUCCCAGUGUUGAUAGAAAUUCUUCAGAAGGCAGAGUUCCGCACUAGGAAGGAAGCAGCAUGGGCUAUAACCAACGCUACCUCCGGGGGUACUCCUGAGCAGAUCAGGUACCUGGUUAGUCUGAACACCAUCAAGCCUAUGUGUGACCUGUUGACGGUGAUGGACAGUAAGAUAGUGCAGGUUUCACUCAACGGUCUGGAGAACAUCUUGAGAUUGGGAGAGCAGGAGGGCAAGCAAAAUGGAUCUGGCAUCAACCCUUACUGCGCUCUUAUAGAAGAGGCUUAUGGUCUUGACAAGAUUGAGUUCCUGCAGAGCCAUGAGAACCAGGAGAUCUACCAGAAGGCUUUUGAUCUGAUUGAACACUACUUUGGUGUGGAGGAGGAGGAUGCUAGUAUUGCCCCACAGGUGGACCAGAGCCAGGGCCAGUACAUCUUCCAGCAGCAGGAUGGGCCCAUGGAGGGCUUCCAGCUCUAACCACCUCCUCAGCCUGAUUUUUGACCUUUCCCCUUUUGAGUAUAUACUACCUCCCCAGAUUCCAGCCUCCAUAGGGCUGUUUAGAACUGAACUAAUGACCCCUCCCAACCUCCGGACCCACCAGGUCCACCGCUCUCUUCUCCCGGAAGGCUAGCCCGGCCCUGCCUUACCUACCUGUGUGUAGAGAGAGUGACUUAGAGACAGAGAGACUGGGGGCUGCUCAUUCUCAGUGUUUGAGACAUGUCCCCAGUUGUUUGGGAGCCUGUAUGGAGCAUUUGGGUUGUUUCUUUCUCUUUUAGACUUUACGGUCUGUGCAGUGGCAAGCCUACUAGUAGGCAUAGGAAAGAAUAGAUUGUGUUCAUUUCUUUAUAGACAAUUUUAUUUCCUGUGAUAUUAAUACUAUAAUGAAGAUUACUAUCAUUACAACAUUGACACUGGUGUCCCAAUCACCCUUCAUAUCCCUAUUGAAAUGUGAAACUACCUCUUCAGUUUUCAACAAAAAAAACAACAGAUAAGAACAUAUGAAGUAUCUGACUGGAAUCUCAUCAUGUAGUCGAAGUGAAACUCCUAUAUCUACUAGUAUUCUGAAGGGGUUUAGUGACUAUCAGCUCAUCUCCUAACUGGUACCUUUAGACCAGAGCUGAGAAGAGGGUAAUUUAAAGUACAUAUACAGUCUACUGUUUUGGUGGAGAAUGUACAUUGUCAUGAUGAUGAUCGUGUGUAUUCCUGUGACUUUUGAUUAAUUAAGUUGGAAAAGCAGCUGUACAACUAUUUCUCCAGUGUUUCUCUAUGUUAAUGAAAUUAACUUUGGUUGACCUGGAGAUUUCAAAUCUUAUUUAUUCUGUUGAAAGGGCUGUCUGCUCAUUUGAGAGAUCGGUGGCCAAACACUGUCCUUAUUAUUACCUGCACUUCUUUCCACCCUAUGGCCCUGGCUGCAAUAAUAAUGUUAGAAUAACAUUCAGGAGUCAGACUGCAGCAGACUAGCUGCAGUAAUGUAUAUACCUUGUGUAGGACAGCACUGCAUGUAACUGGCCGCAUUGGAUUCAGCAUAGCAUUCAGCCAAGCAAAUGUUUGAUAAAUGUCUGUGACAAUAUUAUGGUCAUAUUGUGGCAACAAUAGGGUAAAGUUGAGGAGGGUUCUGCUUGUGUGAGUGCUCCUUAUUGAACCUGCCCCCAGCCACAGUAUAGGGCCAGAUGGGUUUGGGGCAGUUACUUGCGUCUGUUGUGUGAAUGAUGCAGUGUUUGAAACAAUUUCCAGGUGAAUAAAAACACAGGCUCCCAGA